AUGAGUGCGGGAGGGUCGGGGGCAGUGGCGAGGAUAAGGGAACAGCAGCGGCAAACUGAACGUGAAGCUCAGCGGGCGGCGGCUGAGACGGAGAGGAGUGAGAAGGGUAGGUGGAAGCAGUUCGUGGAGAAGUAUGGUAGUGUGGAGUUAGAGAAUAAGGGGAGUGUUGCUAGGGACCAUUUAGCGCUUGAACGAACCUUCCUAGCCUGGCUCCGUACCUCCCUCUCCUUCGCUAGCAUCGGCAUCGCCAUAACCCAACUCUUCCGGCUCAAUACCUCCAUUGCCCCCUCCACUCCCUCCAACCCGAAUGCACAAGAUAACCCUCAAGCCAAACUGCGCCACGUAGGCAAGCCUCUCGGUGCAACCUUCAUCGCCAUCUCCAUCGUCAUCCUUUUCAUCGGCUUCCACCGCUACUUCGAAUCCCAGCACUACGUUAUCCGUGGAAAGUUCCCCGCGAGUCGAGCUAGCAUAUUGAUUGUGUCGUUUGUGGCGGGCGCUUUGAUUAUUAGCAGUUUGGUGGUUGUUUUGGCGAUCGCGCCAAAAGCUUUUGAGCGGUAG